AUGGGCAAACUGACAGAGGACGUCAAACAGCUGAUCUACAUGAAGAAGGGAAUUGAGGAGCAGCUUCAACUGAUCGAUCACCUGCAGCAGCUUGGGGUGGCGUAUCACUUUAAGGAGGAUACUAAGGAUGCUUUAUGGACAAUAUACGGUUCCAUGGAAGAGAUGAGCAUGUUGCUGAAGGAUAAUCUUCAUGCCACGGCUCUUAUGUUCAGGCUUCUCAGAGAACAUGGGUUUGCUGUUUCUGAAGGUGUAUUCAACCGAUUUAUGGAUGAGAAGGGCAACUUGAAAGCCAGCUUUCGCCACCAGACUGAAGGAUUGGUGAGCUUGUACGAGGCUUCCCAUCUUGCAAAGGAAGGAGAGCACGUGCUGGAAGAAGCUAACAACUUCACAACUAAACAGCUCAAGAGCCUCAUGGAGGGAUCCCUUGAGCCUCAUCUCAGGGAGCACGUAACCCAUGCCUUGGAGCUUCCAUUGAACUGGAGGAUGCCGAGGUUACAGACCAGAGCAUACAUCAGAGGGAACUCAGGGAAGUGUCGAGGUAUUUUGAGCUUGUUUUACUUGAAUCAUGUCCUGUACAUUCUGCCGUCGUUUAUGAACCAGCAAACUUCAGCACAAACUUAUGGCUAUCGAUCAGAUGGUGGAGCAAUCUUGGCCUGGCGCAGAGGCUUCCAUUUUCGAGGGACAGGUUGA